GGGGCACUUAGUUCCUUGCAUAUAUAUCCUGCCGUUGAGGGAUCAUCAACCACCUGCCGAUCUCAUAUCUCAACAAAUAUUUCAGUCGGAAGUAAAAGGUUUUCUCCAGGGUACAGAAGCAAGAUGGGACGAAAAAGUAAGCGAAAAACUAAUCCUGGUCCAGAUGAAGUGUCUAAAGCGGAUAGGAGAGAACUGAUUAAACUGUGUGGACAAGUUAUCGACCUGGCUGCCACUCCAAUCCCACCAACUACUGGUGAACAAUGGGAAGAAUUCCUACAGAUCCAUAACGUGAUUGAAAAGAUACGCAAAAGACAGAAAGGUGAGCCAAAUCAUCAGUCAAAGAGAGAAGAGCACUUUGAGGCAUUCUUCAAGUGGCUCAAUAAGAAUGGAGUUUCAUCAGAUUCUGUCAAGAUUGCCAAAUUUGAUCAGGGGUAUGGUCUCCAAGCUACAAAGGAUAUCAAGAGUGAUGAGCAACUUUUGAACAUUCCAAGGAAAGUCAUGAUGACUGAUCAGAAUGCGUUGGAGUCACCCACAAUAGGUGAACUGGUACGAGGUGAUCGCCUUUUGAAAGGAAUGCCCAAUGUUGCUCUUGCUGUCUUCAUUAUCUCUGAGAAGUUGAAGCCUAACUCCUUCUGGAAGCCAUAUCUGGAUAUUUUGCCUUCAUCAUACAACCUCCCUCUGUAUUUCACACCUGAUGACAUAAAGCUAUUUAAGGGGACUACGGUGUAUGGUGAAUUCUUGAAGCAGUAUAAAAACAUUGCAAGGCAGUAUGGGUACUUGUUUAAACUAUUCAAUUUACCUGAUAAUAGUAAAUUGCAGCUUCGAGAGCACUUCACAUAUGACUUCUACAGAUGGGCAGUUUCCACAGUGAUGACCCGACAGAAUCAGAUACCAGCCAAGGAUAGCAAGGGUCUGUCUUUGAGUCUUAUUCCAUUGUGGGAUAUGUGUAACCAUGCUAAUGGUGAGAUGAAGACAGAUUUUAUUGAAGAAACGGAUUCCUGUAUCAACAUGGCUCUCAGGGACUUUAACGUUGGCGAGCAGAUCUUCAUCUGCUACGGCCGUCGUUCCAGUUCGGACCUGCUGCUCUACAGCGGAUUCAUUUACCAGGAUAACAUCUUUGAUGGCAUGGCCAUACAGCUAGGACUAAGCACCAGCGAUAGACUGUAUGCCAUGAAAGCACAGCUUUGUGCUGUAAUGAAGCUUACGGUACCUUCCCAGAAUUACCAUAUUUCCUCAGGAAAGGUACCAGUAUCUCUGGAGCUGUUGACGUUCUUGAGGAUAUUCUGCAUGAAUGAUUUCGAAUUGAGAGACCGUCUGCUGGGAGAGAACAGGACUAAUGCUCUAUACAACCUUGUAGAUAGGAAUAAGAUUGUCAGUAAGCUGAAUGAAUUACGUACAUGUGUUUACCUAGCCACAAGGAUCACACUACUCCAGCGUCAGUACAAGACAUCCAUUCAGGAAGACGAGGAGAAGUUGAAGGAUGAGAAGCUCAGUGCUCGAGAGCGUACUGCCACAGAGCUCCUCCUGAUUGAGAAGCGCACCCUUGAGAAUGCUCUGGAACACUGCGCCUUCUGGAGAGAGAAAAUAGAGGCCUUGCCUGAGGACGCAACCUCCUUUCCAGCAGCACAGGAAGAUGAUGGAGAUGUGGUAGAUCGAUGGGAGGACAGAGAGGAGGAUGAGAGUAAGAAUGGUGAUGUGCAGACGGGGAUGAAGGAUGAACUUGCAGGUGUGAAUGGGGUUCCUGGAGACAAGGAUAUUGCACUUGGUGAUACCCAGAAGGUGGAAAAUGGAGCCGACCCAGAGACAGAACCAGUCAAUGGAGAUGGAAAGGUAAAUGGUGAUGGACAUGGCGAUUUCGAUAUAAACAGUAAGGCAAACAGUGAGCGGACAGAGACUAAUUCGCACAUCCCAACUUCAAACAAAGGACUAGUCAAGAACUCAGAUGCCAUCACAAAGACCACACCCAAUGGGAACAUUAAGAUGAAUGGAGGUAUAGACAGUAGGAGACAAGAGGCAUCCAAUGGUCAUGCCAAUGGUACAGAAGAAAUACUUCCAGUUGAAGGUAGCUUGAAAAAAGUAAAUGGUGCAAUAAAUGGUCACUCAUUAAUAGCUCCUACUAAUGGAUCUAAAGAGGAAUAGAGGUCAAGCACAGCUAUAUAGAAAAUAUUUGUAUAUCUGCUUUGAUCAAGUGUAUGAUGAUUUUUUUUAAACAAAUGUGUACAGAUAAGAUCAAGAAAAUUAUAAUGGAAGUACACAUCAUGUGUUUAUCUUAGUUUUACAUAUAUCAGGGAAUGGGAAGACAAUCAUGAGAAAUGUUUAUAAUGCCAAAGUUAUAGAUAAUUUUAUUAUUUUUUUGUGUUCACAAGCAUUCAGCUGUUACAACAUUUUGUGAAUGUUGUAGUUAUACAUACCAUGCCUGCCAACCUCUCUAAGUCACAAGAUGAAGAUUUUUUUU